CAAAAGACUUGCCUCGACCAACAAGUUAUAUUUUCUUCGCCUUCGCCAUCUAUCAAACGAAGCAGUUUUUACCGAGCAAGUUUCGAGAAAGAGCUGGGCUCGCCUCGCAAAUUGGCCUCGCUUUCGGUUAGCCCUUUUUAACGUAGGACGUAGACAUACGCAGUUUGUACUAGCAGGUUUUGCGCUUAACUUAGGGUAGCCGUUUAGCAGCAGCCGUUGGAAGCAACAAUGCUGCGUUACAAGAUAUAGGGACCUAAUUGUUAUCAGCUAUUGGCAAGUAUUUCUGUUCGUAAUGGAUCCACAGCAGCCUGCUGCUGUCCAGCAGCCGUUGCAGGGCGUUGUAUGGCCCAGCUUCCUCAACCAGUACGUCCACCCUCAGCUCCAGCAGCUUGCUGAGAUCCAAUGGAGGUUCGAGCUGAGUGCAAAGAUGGCAGCCAUCUAUGAGAGGUUGCGCGAAAAGUUUGCAAAGACGCAAAACAUUUGCCUUUGUCAGACGUGGCUUGGAGCUGAUGGCUGUGACGCCGCGAACCCAAAUAAUAUCGAGGUCACGCUGUGGGCAGACCCGCGGCUUGCUAUCGUCCUCGACCCCCUCUUCCAAGAGCUGCGUGCAAAGAGCUGCCAGGGCCCCGUGUUCUUCCGCAACUCCAUGCCGGGCAAGGUGUGGCGCUCCGGAGCGGUUCAGAUCGUGCAGAACCUCCGCAUCCUGCCGCCCUCCCUGCACCCCCGCAGCCAGCUCUCAGAGGCCGCCCUGGAGCGUCUUGCGGAGGCGCUCUACAUCCCCAUCUAUGAUCUCAGCCGCCCCGCCAAGGGCCAGGUGUGCGUGCUGGAGGUGCUGCUCUCCGCGCGCGCCACCGAGGCCAUGCUGGUGGCUGACGUCAUCAGCUUCAUCGGCCAGCUGCUCACCGCGCUGCACCUCUCGCUGGCCAACCCCGUGCAGCAGCCGGUGCGGAGGAGCGUGCUGUGCGGUCGCCGCGCGCGGGCGGCGGAUUCGGACGGCGAGGCGAGUGAGGAUGAGGCGGCGGCGGGGGCGAGCGCAAGGCAGCGGCAGGCAGGGCAGCAGGAGCAGCAGCAAGUACGUCAGGGGCAGCAGGAUGGACCAGGCUCUUGCCAACAGCAGCAACAGCAGCAGUCACAGCAGCAACAGCAGCAGGCGGCGGUGCGGUGUUCAUGCUCGCAUGGAACAAACGAGGCAGCUGGGGGCUGUGCAGCAGCAGCUGCGGCUGCGGUUGCGGCUGGAGGUCCCACCGCACCUCAUACCGCACAGGGCGAAGGCUCCACGCGGGGACACAGCGGUGGGACACGUGCUGCCGCUGGCUGCGGUCCGCAGAUUGGUAGCGGGGCGGCGGGGGGCAAGGAGCCCGGCCCUGAGCCUGCGCCAGGAGGGGAAAGCACCGAAGCGGCAACACCUGCAGCAACACCAGCAGCAGCAGCAGCCGUGUGCGAGCGCUGCGGGGGCGGGCCGCCUGCGCCAGCCUGCUCCGAGCAGCCUACACUUCCCGCGACGCCAAGCAAUGAGGGCUUGGGCUGCGGGGGUGAUACGGGCGCAGUGUCGGCUGCUGCGGCUGCCGCUGUAAUAGCGCAUGCGGGAGGGGCGCUAGCAGGGGGGAGUCAGGGCGCUACGGCAGCAGCCCAAGGAGGGGCGGUGUGUGGAGGAGGCGGCUCAGGCGUGCCUCGCAAGGUCCGCCGUGUGAUGGUGGAUGGGCCAAUGCAGCGUAGCAAGAGUGUGUACUCGGUGGCGGCGUUAUCCGCGGGAGAUGACGGCGAUGAAGAUGCGGAAGCGGGUCCUGGCCUGGGCUGGGCCGCAGCGGGCGGUGGCGUGGAUCGCGGGGGGCAGCAGCAAGGCCAGCCGCGUCUUUAGUCGGUCCUGAUGCCUUGGGAAGGCGUUGGAAGGAGGGAAUUUCGAAGAUCGUGCGUAUAAGUUGUGUCUUAGGAAGGAAAACGGGCACGGACAACGCCUCUGCUACUAUGGGACUUCAUCGCAGCUAGUGGGCCCUGGCCACGUUGCAGCUGCCUUGCAGGCCUUCUGGACUCGGCGGCUGGCCAUGUGAGCAGCACGGUGGCAGCGGGCGCGGUUCGCUUGGGUGCGCGAGGGUGGAGAGAUGGGGGUGCGGCGUGGUGGCGGCUAAAGAGACCACCCGGGGUACAGCGAUUGUUUAUCAAACGCAUCCAGCUUAUUGUUUUCAUACGUUGCUCUUUUCUGCCGGUUUGCAAAGUGCUAAUUGAGUGUUGGGCAUGGUGUGUUGCCGGUUGAGUUGUGGAACUCAGGGGGUUCCGGCUUUAAUCGCCGGUAGGAGGCACGCGUAUGUCUUCGUGGCUUUAUUUUUUUCGGUGGCGUCUCCUUCGCUGCUGCCGUAGCAUGGCCAGGGUAGGAACUCCGCGUCAUGUAUUGUGGCGUGUAGGCUUCUGUUUUAGCUAUAGCUAUAUCCGUAGAUUAAAAACACACAUAUAAAAACGUGUACUUGGCCCGCGGUAAGGCAUCAUACCGGUAGUAGUUGUGCGGAAGCAUAUGUGUCUUGGCUGGCUGGGGCAACCUACUACCGCUGGUGAGCUGGGGCGGCUCCUGGGGAUUCGGCUUGCAUAGUACUGACAGCGGCUGUUGGUUAACCGCGCAUGCGCAUCCAGGCAUGCACGUGUUCCACAGGUCUAACAGCCGUUGGCUCUGUCUGGUCCGUUCAUUGUACUCGGGCUGUUUAAUUGCGGCUUGCAAGGACUGCUUUGCGGCAAUACUCCAACUGUACCCCUCACUGCGAGGGAGGCCUCAUUCCUGCGUCUGAUACCAUUAGUAAUAAAGGAAUGGGGGCAAGGAGGCGGAGGAGUGGGGUAAGGAAUGCUCUCCUUUUUUCUGGUGUACGUUGCGGGGCCGGCUGCUGUUAACUCCCUGCCCUCGAUACGUGUUUUGUUUGCUGUUAGAGCCCCUAUCGGGGGUCUGUUAUCGUGAUGUGCGGCUGGUCAGGUGACUUGCUUAGGGGUGCGUCACGUAGCGUGAUUUUAGAGUUGAAGACCGCAGUGCGAGGUGCAACCUGAAUGCAUGUUUCGUCGCUGGUGGAGUCUGGUGUCCUAGUUAUGGGAGCUUUUAACGUUGGAGUGUGGCCAGUGCGGCAGUGAUUGUAGAGGCUACGGCGUGGUGACCCAAGCCCCUUCCUGACCGGCACUGCCACAUUGCGGCUGACCCGUGGGCCUGGCCGCAGAGCUGCUAGUGUUACCAGCAGGCGCUUCUUUAGGGUGCCUUGCUGCAACCUGUAUUCCGAGCAGAACGCGCCCCUACUGCGCGGGAGCACCAGUUGUACGACAUGUUGGCGACUUGUUUUCUUCCGCGGCCACUCCGAGGCCUUAAUCAUCCAUGUAAAGCUCUAACGCCGGUA